AUGAGGAUGCUUAGAGAACUAUCUCAACUUGAGCUAGAAAUAGGAGUGGCAAUAAUGUAUUCCAUAUGGACCAGAAGAAAUAUCGGGGAGUUUGAUAGUAAAUUCUCUAGCCCCAAUAGUGUUAUGAAGAGGGCACGGGUAUGUCUAUAUGAUUUUCAUGAUGCUCGUAAUGAAGGAAAAUCUGCUAGGCGGAAGUUAGAACAAACUGAGCAAAGCAGGAAAUGGCAGACACCUGAGGGGCUUUGUGUGAAAGUGAAUUUCGAUGCUGCAUUGGAUUUGAAGGUUCAAAAAAUGGGGGUGGGAGUGGUGAUGAAGGAUGGCAGGGGGGAUGUGCUCACUUCCUUAAGUGCUCCAACAAUGUAUGUUACUUCUCCUUUUGUAGUAGAGUGCAAAGCUCUUCGAAGGGCUCUAAAACUGUGUAAGGAAUUGGGUUGCUAUAAUGUUUGCUUUGAAGGGGAUGCAAAGAGGGUGGUAGAUACAAUGAACAAGGAGGUUGAGGAUGAUUCUUGGGAGGUGCAGUUUGUGGGGUGA